AUGGCAUCUCCAGUGGUGAUGGAGGUUGCUGCUACGAGCUCAAAGUGCACACGAGCCGACUGCACGUCACUGCGUGAGGAGCUGGAGCUGUUGCGCAGCGACCUACUAGAGCUUGAGAGCGAAAACGAGCAUCUUUGUGAUCAACUGACCUCGGUGCAGUCCGAUGCGAACGCGCGAGAGCUGCAGAUGCAUCAAAGGCUUUCAGAAAAGGAUGAUGAAGUAGUCAAUCUUAAGGAUAAGGUGACAGGACUCAUGAUGCAGCUGCAGCAACAGCUGGAAUUUCGCAACGAGAAAGAGACGAUCUCGCCUGAUACGCCUUUCACUAAGAUUGUAGACGACAAAUCUCUUGGCUUGCAGAUGCAAAAUGAGGCGUUAGAAACCAAAUUGCGGGAGCUGCAAUCACAACUGAAAGAAGAAGCUACGGCUGGUAUCAAAGCACAGCGACUAGUGACCGAAGGGGCCGAGAAGAGCAAAGAUGAGCGUGAUGAGCUUUACACGACGCUAAAGGAGAAUGAAGUGCUGCGGAAUGAGACAGCAAAGCUGAAUGAAGCCAUGGAAACGAUCACUAGGCAAGUUAAGGAGUACCAGAUGUCCUACACUGCCAUGCAGGAUCAGCUCGAGGCUUAUCGUGAUGUGAUGGACGAACAGACGCUGGAAAUGACGCAAUUGCAUACAAAAGUCGAGGAAUUGGAACUGGAAAAGGCAAGUCUUGAAGCACAGCUUAUUGAGAUGGACGAGAAGGAGAGCGACGUAGACGCUCUGAUGAGCGAUAUCAAGGCCAAGUAUGAUAUGGAGAAAGCGGUGCUCCAAGCAGAGCUGAAUGAAGUAAAGCAGAAGUUGAAGCAACAGCUGUUACAUACACAGCAAGCGCAGGAGAGUAACAUGCUAGUUGAUGACAAAGAGGAGAAUAAUCAUACCGGUAUUCGUCGUAGAUCAAGUACUCAUAUGGAAGACCUGGAAAGACAGCUGAAAAUGCUGCAAGAAUUGCGCACUCGAGAUAAAAGCACGAUCCUAGAACUGAAUCAGCGGAUAUUGCAACAGCAAAGCGAUUUGGAGAGCCUUGCGGGGCACUUUACUGGUGACUCUGUGGUCGAUAGCGCCGAUGGGGUUGCUUCACACAGGCAUAAAGCGAAGCUUGAUAGUUUUGAACAGCAGAACACGAUGUUGAAUAAGCGUUUAAAGGAGCAGCAAGAAUUAAUCCAGAAUUUGGAGCUGCGACAAGGUUUUUUAGAAAAGCAGCUAGUUGACACUGAGGAGUGGAAGGCUAAGUACGAACAAAAGGCUGGACUUGAGGAAGUAGUCAAGUAUCAAAAGAUUCUUCGAAUGCAGUUAGAGCAACAGCAGCAAAUUAAUGUCAAGUUGCGCCUGGAUCUAAAUGAGCAAGUAGAGGCAACUAGUAAGAUGCACAUAGCAUUCGAGCGCUUAAAGGCAGAGGUCGGAAAACCUUUUAAUUUUAUGUAUGAUGAUCUCACGAUUGCUGACCACUUAAAAGGCCAAUUGGCAAUUAAUGAGGCUGUGGUGAAGCAAAUGGAAGCCCAGAUCGAGGAACUAGAGGCUGAGCGCUUACGACAUCUUCAGAAGCUGAGAGAUCAAGCACGACUCAACGGACAUAAACUGUAUGAGCAACAUGGCUUGACAACUGAACAGUGGGCUACUAUCGAAGGGUUUAUUGAGCGCGUCAGACAAACACCGGAGGCUGCAAAUGAACCUUUUGACUGCACUUUAGAGCACACGGGAGUACGUGACAGAACUCAGUCAUUACAUUAUCUGGAGACUGCCGUAGAUAAACUCGAACGAAAGUUUGAUGCCAAGUGUGAUGAAAAUACAAUGUUGUUACGGGAUAUUGAGCGACUACAUUGUGAACUGGAGGAUGUACAGUCUCGGCGUCUACUCUUGGCGACAUGGCGGUUAAAAUCUGAGCCAGAUGAUACGAAGAGCGAGCUCUUACACGCGCUUAACGUUGCCAAGGUGAGGUCACAACGGCAAGAAGGUGUUAUUUAUCAUCUAAGAGCAGAAAUUGCCUCGCUGCAUAAAAGAAAGGAGUCGAAGGAGUUAAGGGAAACCAAUUCGCUUAACUACGAUGAAAAUCCAACACAAAAGAAUUUAAACGAAAAGCAUACAAGCGAUAGCGCUGUACCGGUUUGCGCAGGCACACAAACGUCUCCCUGCGCAGAUAAUAUAAAGACUGCUGUACAAAUUCAAUUCGAUGAAUUUGAUUGCGAUGGAGGUGAUGAGUCGCUGCCAGUUUUAGGAGACAAUGAACCCGACAGCUUACACGAAGUGAAAGAAUACAUGGAUCCAGCGAUUGAUCACUUACCAAUAGAGCAAAAGCUUUCUGAUAAAAGCCUCAUAUCAGAACGUAAAGAUGAUCGCACCGACGACAUCGCCUUCAUUGUGGCUAGAGCAAUUGAAGCACAAUUUGCACUAAUUAAAGCCCAGACAGGCACCUUUCUGCCAUCAGUAGCGAUGGGCACAGCAAGUAGUGAUGAUGUAGAAGCAACAUCUGCUUCAUCUAAAGACCUAGCCAAUAAAUCGGACGAAGCCAAAAUUGUUAACCACGAGUCUGCAAAAUCACCAAUGGUCGAUCAAAUAGCCUUUGAGAGUGAGGACGAGAUGAUUCAGCAACUUGACGUCCUGCGUGAGCUGAAUGUCUGCUUAGACGAUUUAGUGACGACCGAAGCACGCAAUGAGGAGCUUCAGAAGCAACUACAUCAGCAUGAAGAAGUUUUCCAAUCCUUGAUGGAUCAGCACACGGUCUUGUAUCAGCACUUUUUUCAACUGUAUGCACAAUACGCCAGCGCUGAGAUUCGUCUUCGUCAUGAUUUGGAUCAGAUGGCAGAGGAAAAGAAAGAAUAUCAGAUCAGGUGUCAUCGGUAUGAGGCAGAAUUGCAUUUGCUACAAAUUCAGAGCCAACAAAACGCUUCAACAACCAGUGACGCACUGAUCAGUGGUAAUGUAGCGCAAUUGCGCUCCGAGGUGAUUGAAUUGACGCGAAGACUUGCCACAUUCGAAGUGAAUGAAGCGCGUUACAAACGGAAAUAUCAUCAGCUGCAUGCGGAGUGGCGUAGCAGUACGGAGCACAAUGAGCUGCUUCAACAUGAGUGGAGCGAAAUGGAGCGGACACUCAAAUAUCGAGUCCUGUACCUCGAAACAUGGAAGCAUGGUGCGGAUGAAAUGAUCGAACGGAUGGAGAAGACGCUAGACAAGAGUGUGCUACGUGAGUUUGUGGACAAGCAGCAGCAGCUGAUGGUUAAUGUCCUGAAAAAAUACAACAUCUUAAGCAAAUUCUAUGCGGAGAUGCACGCCAAGUAUAUAGAGGUGUAUGACUUACCUGCGCAAUUAAGUCAAGCGCAACACAAGCUUAGGGUCUUGCAAUCAGAAUAUAGUACCAGACAUUUCGAUAAAGAUGGAAUCUGUAAUCCUGAUAUAUUACACGAUCGUAUAACGCAAUUAGAAAGCGAGCUGCAAGACCAAGUGAGGAGGGUCCACGAGCUUGAAGAGGCCAAGUGCAAAGAAUUAACUUGCGAGGAAUUAGUGCAAACAUCAGGGACAGAAGAAAACGCUGUGGACAAGAAUGAGCUGCGGAACGAGAACACACUUCUGUACGAGAGAAUAAAUGAAGUUGAGCAACUCUAUGAAAGCCUCGCCUUGGAGUGCGCGAAAUACAAGGGAAUCGCUUCACUUGCUGCAUCACAAGCAAAUGCACUUAUGACGCGAGCUGCUCAGGAACAAGGUAACCGCGAACAGCAAGAAGAGCAAUUGCGCGACUUGAUGGCUGCCUCGGAAGACCACGCUAUUGUUGGGAAGCUCCAGCACCAGUUAAUGCAGAUCAAGACGACAUAUCAGCAGUUUUUGUUGCAGUACAACAAUGUUACCGGUACACAGCAACAGACACUUUUAAGAAAUCAGCAACUUGAGCUGGAGGUUGAGAAGAAGGCCCAGGAACUUACUGCGAUUCGAGAAAAGUCGCGCGUUAACGCACAAAGUAUGGAGAACGCUAUCAAGAUCGUGAAAGAACGUGACUGGAUCGCUCGAAAUACGAAAUGGGAGGCUUUCCGUAAGCGCUUGGAUGCUCUGGAGGAGGAAUUACAAAUUGAGCAUGAACGACGCAAACAGCUUGAAAAAGACUUGGAUGAAAAGCAAGCUCAGCUUCCAUUUCCUGAACUCCGACAAAAUCGAGGCAAUCAAAGCGAGGUCAGUCGGUUAAAGAGCCAGAUAGACGCGUUAACAACGCGAGAACGCUUGCUCAUGGGGCAACUUGAGGCUGUAACCAAGGCUACAGGGUCAAAAGACAGUCAUUUGCUGGCUGAGCUACAAAAGACGAAGACACUAAAUGAAGACCUCAUGCGUAAAGUAGAGACAAUCCAAGCUCGCAACUCACAGCUCUUAAAGCUAAAUGGAGACUUGGAAGCCGAAAAGCUUGCAAUACGGAGCAAAUACGAAGAUCUGGAAAUAGAGUUGCAGUGCGCUCGUACCGAUCUUUCAGGUGGACAGAGACGGCCGCUUGAUAACCAGCGAGACGUGGACCAAGGUUCUAGUCUAUCUCCGUUAAUGCGGCGAAAGGUUGGUCUGUAUGAAAAAGACCAGAUGGAUCUUCAACAAGCGGCCCAGGCGACAAUUGCGAGCUUAAAGCAGCUUGUUGAAGACAAGAACAUGCUGAUCAAUGAGUACCAGCGGAAACUUGCACUUGUUCGGGCUUCAAGUGCCCAGGACAAAGCACAAGAUCGAUUCGAGACGACACAACUAAAUAAAAAGCUCUUCGAGGAAAAUCAGCGGAUGAUUGGUCAACUCAAAGAAGCGAUGGGAACGAUAAGCAGUAUGGAGAGAUCUGGUAAAAGUAAACAGGCAUUGCAAGCUGCUCAAGAGCGUCAGGAUCAGAUUUUGCAAGAGUGGAAGGAGGCUGAAGUUGCAUUGGAGAAAUCAAAACAGCUGAUUAGAGAGCUUCAAAUGGAGCGGAAAGUCUUGCAGAACGAGCGAGACCUUGCUGAGGCACGUGCAGGGGAAGCUUUGGAAGAGAUUGUGCUGCUUAAAGAAAAAGGAGCAGAGUGUGAAAAGCAUCAGCAAAAGUUAGAGCAACAACUUUCAAACGUUAAGGGUGAUAUGACAAAGAAAGAGGAAAAGCUCAAGGCGCUCCGAGAGGCGAUUAUUAGGCUGAAGGAAGAGUUUCUCAAGGCUGAAGAUCGUCACGCGAUUGAAAUCGUCAAAGCGCAGCACGCAAUGAAUAACGACAUUAGUGCAAGGAAACGAAAGGAACAAGACCGCCAUGAAGAGGAAGAGGGCGUGUGGAGAGAGGAGAAGGCACGAUUACAAAGCCAAGUGCUAAUGCUUCAAGAAAAGCUUCGGCUUCUUAAGAAAAAAUACGGUCUGCAAGUGCAACGAAAAAAGCGGACUAAAGCUGAAGAGAAGGAGGAGAAAGAAAGCACAACAGAGGCCAAUGUUCAGGAACUGAAAGGUGAGGUGGAGCGUUUAGAGCGGCUAGUGAAAGAAAGGGCUGUGAAUGAGGCCAGAACAGUUGAAGACCUUGAGAGAAAAAACAAGGUCUUACAAGCUCAAAACCUUGCGCUGCGUGAGGCGACCACUUACGCUCCUCCCGUGUCGACAGAAGUAGUGGAUGCGAACAAGAGACAUGAACAGCUUCAAAAUGAGAAGAAGCUGCAGCGUCGGGUUGGUGCUUUAUUGCAAAAACUUAAAGAAAAACAGGGGGAUAUAAUGAGCAAAAACAGUGAGCUGGAACGUUGUCUCGACCGAAUAUCGAAGUUAGAAACUGAGCUUCAGAAACAACAGGCAAUUAAUGAGAAGGAGCGUUUGGCGAACAACGCGAGUGUUCCUCCUAUCGUUGCUUUGCCUAUCAAGCAGCAGAUGGAAGAUUUGGAGCGCCAGAACGCCUUCCUUCAACGAGAACUAGUGCUGAAGCGUAAAGAGUGGGAGAAAAUGUUUACAUCUCAAAUGGAAAAGUAUGAAGUUCAGCUCCAGCGUUUGCGCCGUCGAUUUGUUCGGCAUGGCAUCACCUCAUCUGAUGGGGAUAUUAAAGAUUGCAAGGAUAAUUUAACCGAUAGUGACUUUAGCUCAAAAUUGCAAAGUGAAGAGCAGCGUUUUUUUGUGGAACAAGACGUUCGAGAAGAGCUUCUGGCUCUUGGUGACGAGUUGCGCACGAAAGAGCAAGACAUGGUUUCAAAAGACACCAGGUUGCUCGAACUGGAGCUGGAGGUUGAAAAUUUGCGUCUGGAGUACAAGCGACUCGAGCGAAAGCAACAACAUUCCAAGGGUGGUGGUUUGCCAGGCAGUGACGGUGCUCCCAAACCGCGUCGCGUAACAGGAGGUCGAGGAUCGCCUUGGGUGACACAGGAACGACUUGAGCUCGAAGGGGUGAUUGAGACCAUGAAGAAAGUUAUUGAAAGGCUUCGAGCAGAGAACGAAAACUUGAAGAAAUCAUCAGCAAAGCAGGCGAUGAUUUCUCCUGAGCGAGUAGAGUCGAUUCGGCGCAAGCUAAAGGAGCAGAAAGAUGCAAGAGAACGACUAGAAGCUCAGUUGGAGAAACUGCAGAUAAACUGUGGAGAGCUAAAAAAGGACAAGUUAAAAUUGCAGCAGAAACUUCGUGCAAAAACAGCAUUUUCCAGCUCGUCAAAAAACGAGAUUUCUACAUUAGAGCUUCAAGUAAAGGACAAAGAUCGAAAGUUGCUAGCGUCCGAGCAAGAAUUAACAGAAUUACGACAUCAAGUGCUUCAAUUGGAAACGCACGUUAAUGCGAUGGACGACGCUCAUGUUCGACAAAAAGAUGUAGAACGCAUCAAGGAGCUUGAAGCCCAAGUGCAUGAACUGGAAGACGAAAAUACGAAACUUACUAAUGAACUCUCGGCGUUUGACGAAGAUUUUUUUGAAGAGAUCGAAGACUUGAAGUACAAAUACACUCAAGCCGUACGCGACAAGCGUCAGUUAGAGAAGCGUCUUGCACGGGAACAUAGUAGUGGCUCUUUUGCUUCAAUCACAGCAAGAUCUGAAUGA